GCCCCGGUGCCGGAAAUGGCGCGUAAAGGCCGCGCGCCGCGGGCGCUCUCGCGAGAGCGAGGGAGGCGGGGUCAGGCGGCCGCAGGGCGAGAGGACACGGGCAAGAUGGCGCUGGCUGCGGCGGCUCUGCGGCACCUGGCGCUGGGCGCCCGCCUCGCUCCGCACGGCCGCAGCGCCGCGCCCCCGCUCCAGCGGCUCCAGCAGCGCAGGGGCCUCCGCCUCUCCGCGCCCGCCGCCAUACAGGUGACGGUGCGGGACGCGCUGAACCAGGCGCUGGAUGAGGAGCUGGAGCGGGACGAGCGCGUCUUCCUGCUGGGCGAGGAGGUGGCACAGUACGAUGGUGCUUACAAGAUCUCCAGGGGUCUCUGGAAGAAGUACGGCGACAAAAGGGUGAUCGACACCCCGAUAUCCGAGAUGGGCUUUGCAGGAAUUGCUGUCGGUGCUGCUAUGGCAGGGUUGAGACCAGUGUGUGAAUUCAUGACAUUCAACUUCUCCAUGCAAGCAAUUGAUCAGGUUAUCAACUCUGCUGCCAAGACCUGUUACAUGUCUGCGGGAUCCAUCGCUGUUCCCAUCGUCUUCCGAGGCCCCAACGGAGCAUCAGCUGGCGUUGCAGCCCAGCAUUCCCAGUGCUUUGCAGCCUGGUACGGGCACUGCCCCGGCCUCAAAGUUGUCAGUCCUUGGAGCGCAGAAGAUGCCAAAGGGCUGCUGAAGGCAUCAAUACGGGAUGAUAAUCCAGUUGUGAUGCUGGAAAAUGAAUUACUGUAUGGUGUUCCCUUUGAAAUGUCUGAACAGGCACAGUCAAAGGAAUUUGUUAUUCCCAUUGGAAAAGCUAAAAUAGAAAGGCAAGGAACUCAUGUUACAUUAGUGUCACACUCAAGACCUGUUGGCCAUUGUAUGGAAGCAGCUGCUGUACUUUCUAAAGAAGGUGUAGAGUGUGAGGUUAUAAACCUGCGAACCAUUCGACCAAUGGACAUCGAAACGGUGGAAGCCAGCGUGGUCAAGACAAACCAUCUGGUAACUGUAGAAGGAGGUUGGCCCCAGUUUGGAGUAGGAGCUGAAAUCUGUGCCAGGAUCAUGGAAGGACCUGCCUUUAACUACUUGGAUGCUCCAGCUGUGCGUGUCACUGGUGCCGAUGUCCCCAUGCCUUACGCAAAAAUCUUAGAGGAUAACUGCAUACCUCAAGUGAAGGAUAUAGUAUUUGCAGUGAAAAAAGCUUUGAAUAUAUAAGUUGUAAAUACAUGUUUUAAAGUCCUGCUUUACAAGGCAUUAUUGGUGUUGGGCACGUUGUAUGCAUAAUUUCUGUUGUAUAAGCUCCAUGAACUUUUGUACAGUGGGGAAAGUAUAGUGACGUCCCAAAAUAUUUAUAUGGGGUUACCCCCAAAGCCACACUUCAUACAUGCAACAAUGUGGUAAUGCUUGUUUGUUCAACAGUACAGUUGGGUUAGUGCUACUGUUUGUGGAGAAAUGCUGUUCUAAAUUCAGAGCAAGGAAAAAAUCCUCUGGUUUUGCUUGGCUGGUAAGUACCAGAGGAGCUGUGUUGAACUUGCUGUAGCAGUGAUUGAGUACAGAGCUGCAGAGAGUAAGAGCAGGCCCUGAAUGCUGUAUGGCUGUAGGAGCCCAUGGUUGCAAGGCUCAUUAAAAAGGAAUGAUCAGGCUGAUCAGAUGAAGCCCAACCUGUCAGUGCAGCAGUUCAGUGCAGCUCUGAGCAGAGGCUGUGGCAGCCCACGGGCUGGGUUAAGAGAAGGUGGCUGGUUUGAAGAGCACUCUGCACAUGCAGAAAGGCUUCUGUACAAGAGCUGAAAUAAAAAUUGUGAGUCUUUCCAGUAUGUGAUGGGAAACACUACCUAAUUUUUCUUUACUAGCUGCCACAUAACAGUGAUAAAAAAUAUGUGCUCAGAUGCUUUGCUUUUACUGUUCAAAUUUUUUCUGGUUUCAUUUUUUUUAACUCUUCGCCUGGGCUGACAACAGCAGACUCCAGCUAUAGUUCUUGCAGUGCAAAAUGAGUUAGUUUAUUCAGCUGCACUGAGCCUAAGCAGCAGGUGUGUGGAUUGUGUGUGAAGAGCUUGGGAAGCAGUCAGAGCAGCCUUCUGGAGAUCACUGCCUCCCAGGGAGCUCUGCCAGGCUUCCCUCGGCAGCUUCUGGUACACAGGGAAAGUUGCCCUGAGGAGCCUGUGCAGUGGGGCCUGCUCUGCACCUCAGGUGAACAGGGGGAGAGGAAGUAUCUUUCAAUCAGCAGACAAAAGAGCUUGGGUCCUGUUUCUGAAGAGCCAGGAGUAUUUUCCAGGGUAUUUCCUUUAGCAGAGGUGCUGUUCGGUUCUUGGGAAGUCUGGCUUGGAGGUUCAGUCCCAGCUGAACAUACCCACCACACACUGCUGAAGGAAUUCCAUUAACAUUUUAAUAAAAAUGACUGAAUAUCACAGGUUACAUGAAACUUUGUACAGACAUUCUCUGCAUAGUAACAAACACUGAUGUACUUGAAUUUUAAAAAAUGGAUUAUCUAUAAUCCUUUAAAGUGCAAUUUCUUUAAGGUUUUAAAUCAAAAAGGAUCUUUCAAUAAAGUUUAAAUGAUAGAAUUA